UGCAUCUACUUUUUUCCCACCAAAGGAUCUGAACCCUUGUCUUGUGUCCAUUGCUUAUAUUUUCAAAAGGAAAUGCUUUGCAUUAAAUUAGUGAAAUAAUCUCCAUUGCAUUACAUUUCUUAUAGGGGCUGUAUCUUGAGCACGGCACAAUAUUUAUCUUGUCUCUUUCUUUUCCCCUUUUCUCUUCAAAAGAUUUCAUCUUUGCGACACAGCUGAAAUGGUUUUUCUUCCCUCUUCAUUCUAAACCUCUCUCAUUCCCGCAUUUCUCAAAAUUACAGUCUCAAGGCCUUUUGAGGUUAGCUAGCAAUGGUGGAGAGAAAAGGGGUUGCUGCUCUUUUCUUGCUGUUGAUUUUUCUUGAUGGGUUUUCUUCAGCUUCAGCUGCUUCUCCAGCAAAAAUUGUAAGUGGGUUAUUUUCAAGUGCACUAUCUCAUCUCCUGAAGAGAAUUUGGUCAAUCACUCCAACUCCAAAGACAGUAAUUAGUGGCCGGCCAAAGAUGAAAUUUGAAAGUGGUUACAGUGUAGAGACUGUUUUUGAUGGGAGUAAGCUUGGAAUUGAGCCAUUCUCCGUCGAGGUGGCUCCGAGCGGGGAGCUGCUGGUUCUUGAUUCAGUGAAUAGCAACAUGUAUAGGAUGUCAAUGCCACUGUCAAGAUAUAGCAGGCCUGCAGCAGGAUACACUGGCCAUGUUGAUGGGAGACCACGAGAAGCAAGAAUGAACCAUCCAAAGGGGUUUACAGUUGAUAACAGUGGAAACAUUUAUAUCGCUGACACCUCUAACAUGGCCAUCAGGAAAAUCAGUGACACAGGAGUUUCAACAAUUGCCGGAGGGAAGUGGAAUAGAGGAGGGCAUAUUGAUGGGCCAAGUGAAGAGGCGAAAUUUUCUAAUGAUUUUGAAGUGGUUUAUAUUGCGAGCAGCUGUUCUCUUUUGGUGGUGGAUCGAGGGAAUCAGGCCAUCCGAGAGAUCCAGCUCCACUUUGAUGACUGUGCUUACCAAUAUGGGUCUGACUUUCCAGUAGGAAUUUCUGUGCUCCUUGCUGCUGUUUUCUGCGGAUACAUGCUUGCCUUGCUGCAACAUAGAGUUGGAGGAAUGGUCUCUACAGAAGAUGAAAGUUUAACCCCUUCAUUGAAAGCUAACAUACCUCCAUACUACCAAAAAUCGAUGAAAUUAUCACUCAGGCCACCACUAAUCCCAACCGAAAACGAGCAAGAGAAUCAAGAAGAAGGGUUUUCCAUUAGCAAGCUCAUCGGUGGUAUCUUUAACUCCACAUUCUCACUUUUCAGAAAGAAACCAAAGCAAAAUCAACACCAAGCAUAUUAUCAUCAUCAAGGGCGAGUACACUCAUGGCCUAUGCAAGAGAGCUUUGAAAUCCCACACGAAGAUGAGCCGCCUCCUCAAAUGGAAACUCGUAAUCCUGCUUCUAAAAAGAAUUAUGCUUUUGUGUCGAAGGAUUUGGAGAAUAAUCAUUAUUUAAAACAGGGAAGACCAUAUUUAAAACAGCAGUAUUUGCAGCAGCACAGGCAGCAGUCUCUGGGUCCUCAGACUUACUAUGAGCAGAGCCUUGAGAAUACAAAUGAGAUAGUUUUUGGGGCAGUUCAAGAGUUGAAUAGUAAAAGAAGGGCAGUUGAGAUAAAGGCAGUAGACUAUGGGGAACCUGUUUAUAAUCAGUAUGGUGUUCGAUCCCGGGUGCAUUAUAAUGGUUACAGCAAUGGAUUCUAGAGGAUUAUAUGUAUACAUUUUCGCCUAGUUGUGUCGAAUAGUUGUUUAUCGACUUUGGUAAUCUUUUCCUUAUACAUUUUUGGUUAUUUUUCUGUUCAUAGAAUGGAGGGAAAGCUAGCAAUGAAAGAAACAACAAUCAGGUGUGUUUGGUAAUCAA